AUGAUAAAGUACAUAUGUAAAUAUUGUUCACAGCCGGAGAAUGCUGGAGGAGAUCUCAAGGAUGGCCAGCAUCACUAUGAAGGGGCUGUUGUAAUCCUUGAUGCAGGAGCUCAGUAUGGAAAAGUCAUAGACCGUCGAGUACGGGAACUGUUUGUCCAGUCUGAGAUCUUCCCUUUGGAAACACCAGCCUUUGCAAUCAAGGAGCAGGGAUUUCGGGCUAUCAUCAUAUCUGGAGGACCAAAUUCUGUGUAUGCAGAGGAUGCACCAUGGUUUGACCCAGCAAUUUUUACAAUAGGCAAACCUGUUCUUGGAAUCUGCUAUGGCAUGCAGAUGAUGAAUAAAGUAUUUGGAGGUACAGUGCAUAAAAAAAAUGUUCGAGAAGAUGGAGUUUUCAGCAUUACUCUUGAUAACACAUGCUCACUGUUCAGGGGACUUCAGAAGGAGGAAAUUGUGCUCUUAACACAUGGAGAUAGUGUAGAUAAAGUAGCCGAUGGGUUCAAAGUUGUCGCACAGUCUGGGAACAUUAUAGCAGCUAUAGCAAAUGAAUCAAAAAAACUGUAUGGAGCACAGUUCCACCCUGAAGUCAGCCUUACAGUGAAUGGAAAAGUGAUAUUGAAGAAUUUCCUCUAUGACAUUGCUGGAUGCAGUGGCACUUUCACAGUAGAAAAUAGAGAAGUUCAGUGCAUUCAAGAGAUUAAAGAGAAAGUGGGUGCAUCAAAAGUCCUGGUUUUACUCAGUGGUGGUGUGGACUCAACAGUAUGUACUGCUCUUCUGAAUCGGGCUUUAAACCAAGAUCAAGUUAUAGCUGUACAUAUAGAUAAUGGAUUUAUGCGCAAGAGAGAGAGUCAGUCUGUGGAGGAGGCCCUUAAAAAACUUGGAAUUCAAGUCAAAGUGGUAAAUGCAGCUCAUUCAUUCUACAAUGGUACAACAACUCUGCCAAUCUCUGAUGAAGACCGAACUCCACGAAAAAGAAUUAGUAAGACUUUAAAUAUGACAACAAGUCCUGAGGAAAAAAGAAAAAUUAUUGGUGACACCUUUGUGAAGAUUGCCAAUGAAGUAAUCGGAGAAAUGAAUCUGAAACCUGAAGAGGUCUUUCUUGCUCAGGGAACCCUAAGACCUGAUCUUAUUGAAAGUGCUUCCCUUGUUGCAAGUGGUAAAGCUGAAGUUAUUAAAACUCACCACAAUGAUACAGAACUGAUCAGAAAACUGAGAGAAGAGGGUAAAGUGAUAGAACCACUGAAAGACUUCCACAAGGAUGAAGUGAGAGUGCUAGGGAGAGAACUUGGUCUUCCCGAAGAGCUGGUCUCAAGGCAUCCAUUCCCAGGUCCUGGCCUAGCCAUCAGAGUAAUAUGUGCUGAAGAACCUUAUAUUUGCAAAGACUUUCCUGAAACUAACAAUAUUUUGAAAAUAGUAGCAGACUUUUCUGCCAGUGUUAAAAAGCCACAUACUCUGUUACAAAGGGUCAAAGCAUGCACAACUGAAGAGGACCAGGAAAAACUGAUGCAGAUUACAAGCCUACAUUCACUAAAUGCCUUUUUGCUGCCAAUCAAAACUGUGGGAGUGCAGGGUGACUGCCGCUCAUACAGUUAUGUAUGUGGGAUCUCCAGUAAGGAUGCUCCACACUGGGAAUCUCUCAUGUUCCUCGCCAGGCUCAUACCACGCAUGUGCCACAACAUAAAUAGAGUUGUCUAUGUGUUUGGUCCGCCAGUCAAAGAACCUCCUACAGAUGUAACACCUACUUUCCUGACCACAGGAGUUCUCAGUACUUUACGCCAAGCUGAUUUUGAGGCUCAUAAUAUUCUCAGGGAGUCUGGUUAUGCCGGAAAAAUCAGCCAAAUGCCAAUAAUUCUGACGCCAUUGCAUUUUGACCGAGACCCCCUUCAGAAGCAGCCUUCCUGUCAGAGAUCUGUGGUUAUUCGAACCUUUAUUACUAGUGACUUCAUGACUGGUAUUGCAGCAACUCCUGGCAAUGAGAUUCCAGAAGAGGUUGUGUUGAAAAUGGUGACAGAAAUUAAGAAGAUUCCUGGUAUUUCUCGCGUGAUGUAUGAUUUGACAUCAAAACCACCAGGAACUACUGAGUGGGAGUAAUUAACUUUUUUUUUCUAUUAAAGUACUGUAUGCAGUUUAAAUUAUAUCAGAAACCAUUCCCAGUGUUGACAUGCAGUACUGUGAAAAGUGACUGGAGCUGCUACAUCACAUCCGAUUCCUCUCCUGGAGCAUAAAUCUGCAAUUAAGAGCUGUUGGGCAUAACUAAGUGGGGCUGAGGAUUUGUACGGGUAAAUAAUCAUGGCAGCAUUGCCUGUGUGCAGAUGAAUUCAUAUUGCUUUUGCCUUUUUGUCUUACUGAUUCUCCCUGUUUUCAUGUGUUUUAUUGUUACUGUCAUUUCAAUGUCUCUUUGUUUUUGUACACUGUGUAAGAGACAGUUUAUUUACUUUUAACAAACUCAUUGUUACAGCCUAAAAAUGUAAUAUGAAUACUUAAUGUGACCAACUGCUUUUGAACAGAUUUAUUAUAAAUAAAUAUUUUGCCAAAUGGAAUAGUGGGUACUGUUGAGUUGUGGAAUUAAUGUGUAUCUGUUUGUUGUGUAC